CGGAAAUCGGGUGUUCGCCAACCUCGACCUUCUGGAAAUUUCCACCCCAGAGGGUCACGUCGAGAGAGGAUAUACAACGUACAACGAUACAACGACUCAUUGCCACCCCACAUCUUUCCUCUCUCUCUCCCUUACACAACACACAUCUUCUACACCCACACCUCGCAUCAUGUCCUCCUCCAUGCUCCGAGCUUCCCGACCCAUCCUCCGUACCCCGCGAGCCGCCUCGCUCGUCCGUGGGUAUGCGGCUCACAAGGAAGUCAAGUUUAGCAACGAAGGUCGAGCUGCCAUGCUCAAGGGUGUCGACAUCCUCGCCAAGGCCGUCAGCGUAACACUCGGGCCCAAGGGAAGGAACGUCAUCAUCGAGCAGAGUUUCGGAGGUCCCAAGAUCACCAAGGACGGAGUGACCGUCGCCAAGUCGAUCGUCCUCAAGGACAAGUUUGAGAACCUGGGUGCUCGUCUCGUGCAAGACGUUGCCAACAAGACCAACGAGGUCGCUGGAGAUGGUACCACGACUGCUACCGUCCUCACUCGAGCUAUCUACGCCGAGGGUGUCAAGAACGUCGCUGCCGGAUGCAACCCCAUGGACCUCCGACGCGGUGCUCAGAGGGCCGUAGAAAAGGUCCUCGAGGUCCUCGAGCAGAACAAAAAGGUCAUCACCACCUCGGAGGAGAUCGCCCAGGUCGCUACCAUCUCUGCCAACGGUGACGUCCACGUCGGCAACAUCAUCGCCCAGGCCAUGGAGAAGGUCGGCAAGGAGGGUGUCAUCACCGUCAAGGAGGGAAGGACGAUCGAGGAUGAGAUCGAGAUUACCGAAGGGAUGAGGUUCGACCGAGGGUUCAUCUCGCCCUACUUUAUCACCGACGUCAAGUCGCAAAAGGUCGAGAUGGAACGACCUCUGGUCUUGCUGUCCGAAGGCAAGAUUUCGGCCUUGCAGGACGUCUUGCCCUCGCUCGAGAUUGCCGCUCAGAGCAGGAGGCCCCUCUUGAUCAUCGCCGAGGACAUCGACGGCGAGGCCCUCGCGGCCUGUAUCCUCAACAAGCUCCGUGGCCAGCUUUCGGUCUGUGCCGUCAAGGCUCCCGGGUUCGGAGACAACAGAAAGUCCAUCCUCGGUGACUUGGCCGUCUUGACCGGUGGACAGGUCUUUACCGAAGAGCUCGACAUCAAGCUCGAGCGCGCCACCGCCGACUUGUUCGGUUCGACCGGCAGCGUCACCAUCACCAAGGAGGACACGAUCUUUUUGAACGGAGAGGGUUCCAAGGAGAUGAUCAACGGGCGAUGUGAACAGAUCCGAGGGGUCAUGAACGACGUGACCACGAGCGAGUACGACAGGACCAAGUUGCAGGAGCGAUUGGCCAAGCUGUCCGGUGGAGUCGCCGUCAUCAAGGUCGGUGGAUCCAGCGAGGUCGAGGUCGGGGAGAAGAAGGACAGGUACGACGAUGCGCUCAACGCCACCCGAGCCGCCGUCGAGGAGGGUAUCGUUCCCGGUGGAGGUACCGCUCUGCUCAAGGCGUCCCUCCAGUUGAACGACAUCAAGGUGGCCAACUUUGACCAACAACUCGGCGUUUCCAUCAUCCGAUCCGCCAUCACCCGACCCGCUAGGACCAUCGUCGAGAACGCCGGAGAGGAAGGUUCCGUCGUCGUCGGAACCCUGCUGGACAAGUACGCCUCGCAGUUCAACUACGGAUACGAUGCCAGCGUAGGGGAAUACUGUGACAUGAUCGAGAAGGGUAUCUUGGACCCUGUCAAGGUCGUCAGGACCGCCUUGACGGAUGCUAGCGGGGUUGCAAGCUUGUUGACGACGAGUGAAUGCUGUGUCGUUGAUGCCGAGGACAAGAGCGCACCCCCUAUGGGAGGCAGUGAGUGAUCAUUCGAAUCGGUUCCGGAAGUUUCCCCCUUGCUUACGAAUGGAUUCCUGUCUUUCAGUGGGAGGUAUGGGAGGCAUGGGCGGUAUGGGCGGAAUGAUGUAAGACGCCGAAGGUAGAAAGGAGUCGAUAAUCGUACAAAGAUAAAAGAAGGCGAAAGACUUGUAUUUUUAACGCAAAAUCCCCCUCCCCAUUUACGGUACAACCGGACGAGCCGGUUCGGCUGGUCAUUAUGAGAAACGCACACCAUUCGCAUAGA